AUGAAGAUUGAAGAACUUCAUGGAAUUCUUGAAGCUCAAGAGAUGAGGCUCAAUGAAAGAAAUUCACAAAGAUCAGCUGAGCAAGCUAUGCAAGCCCAAACAACCAAAGGGAACAACUAUGAUGGUGUCAAGAAUAAGAAGGGAAAAGGAAAAGAGUGGUUUGUAAACAUUGAUGAUAAGGUGAAGAGCAAGAUCAAGUUUGCAGAUAACAACUCUGUAACUGCAAAAGGCAUUGGAAAGGUGAUGAUUCAGAGAAAGGAUGGACAACAUUCAUUUAUCAAUGAUGUGCUAUAUGUUCCUAAUAUGAAGAAUAAUUUGCUGAGUUUGGGACAGUUGCUAGAAAAGGGCUACUCAAUGCAAAUGGAGGAAAGUCAAAUAAAGAUAUUUGAUAGCAAUAGGAGGUUAAUUCUAAAGGCCCCUUUGUCAAGAAACAAAACAUUUAAGAUUGGAAUUCAGAUUGUAGAAUUUUAA